AUGUCGCUUAUAUUUCUUUUAAUUUUGUUUAAUGUGAUAAGUGCAGAGUGGGUAAAGUUGCCGAAUAUUUCGCCAACAACUCAAGUGCCAAAGGUCGUAUUUAAACUUGCACAACCUAUAAAAAAUUCUUUUUUAUCUUCGGAAAUCUUAAAUAGUGUAAUUUCGUUACCUUCUUCAACAACAGAAACUUCAAUUUUAGAAAAUAACUUAUCCACAAGAAAAUCUUAUGUGCGACAAUACUUUCAAACCACAGUAACAUCACAUGUUCUAAAUGUUUUAGGAAAUUUAUCAAAUGUUACAAACAACGAAGAACAAUUAAAACCAGUAAUGCUUCAACCAAAUGAAAAUAAUAAAAAUCGAGUGAUAUAUUUCAACAAAACUGUGCAAAUGAAUGUAAUUCCAGUAAAAACCUAUCAAAUAAUGUUGAACAAGACUGAUGAGAAAUUUGAAAAUAAUAAUAGCAAUUACUAUGAAAGUGAUGAUGAUGGAAUGGCACUUGUUGACAACGAAACUGAGGAUGUGUACUAUGACGAUGAAUAUUAUUAUGAGGAUGAAGAUCAAACCACAAAAUUUAAUCCUUUUUUGAAAAAAGUAACAUCGUCUACAACAGCACUGCCACCAAAAACUCAUAAAAAGAAGACUUUAAAUCAAAAGCUUCAGCGACGUACAGUAAUUCAAAUGAUGAAUUCAAAGCAAUAUAAACCUUUUGGUGAUGUUAGCUUUCCAAGUUUUAUUAAAUUUCUGAGAAAAAUUCAAGAAUCUUUCGCAAUAAGAACAGCUAAAACUAUUGGAGAUAAAAUAAAAAUGCUGGUGGGCUUUCGAGAUCAAUUAAUGGUCACAAUUAACAAACAAAUAAGAAGACUCUGGAGAGGAAAUCAAGCAAAAGCUAGUUCAAAAAAGUCUUCUGGAAGUAGAAGAUCAAAAAGAACUUUAGGUUUAGAUCACGGUCAUGGGUCUGGUGCAAUGGAUUUUCCAUCUGCUGAAGGUGCACUUUUAAGUAUCUGUUUUUUAACCUUUGCCGUUUUUCUUAUAAAGCUUGUUCUACAAGUUAUACAAACAAUCAAAAUGAAAAAAGCGAUGUGGGCAACACAAAUGAUGAUGGGAACUGAAAAUGUUGUUAUCAAAAGGCAGCGAAGAAGUACUGAUGAUGAUUUACAAAAAUUAGUUAAUAUUUAUGAUUCGAUUGAAAAGUUAAGAUUAAAAUAUUAA